CAUAAGUGCGCCGCGCUCCCGCAUCCGAGUUUCAGUUGGAGAAAGGACAAAGUGCCCAAACACACAGAAAAACUCCAGCUGAAGCGACUGAGAUCCAAGUGACACUAUUAUAAAGAUGGAGUUUAUUAAAGAGGAGAGUAAAGACGUGAAGAUUGAAGAAACAUUCAGAGUCAAACAAGAAGACACUGAGGAACAAACAAAGAUUAUGCUUAUUAAAGAGGAGAGUAAAGAUAUGAAGACUGAAGAAACAUUCAGAGUCAAACAAGAAGACACUGAGGAACAAACAAAGAUUAUGCUUAUUAAAGAGGAGAGUAAAGAUAUGAAGACUGAAGAAACAUUCAGAGUCAAACAAGAAGACACUGAGGAACAAACAGAUCUGAUGGUGCUGAAAGAGGACCGUCAAGAACUGAAUGAUAUGGAAGAGAAAGAUCAUUAUUUCAUAAGUGGAGAAAAAAAUUUUGGCUGCUCACAGACUGACAAGUCUUCCUCAAGAAAAAAGGCACAAAAUACAAGAAGACGACACUUCUGCCAACAGUGUGGAAAGAGUUUCAGUCAAAAAGCAAAGAUCAAAACACACAUGAGAGUUCACACAGGAGAGAAGCCUUAUGGCUGCCAACAGUGUGGAAAACAUUUCAGUAAAAAAGAUUAUCUUAAAAUACAUGUUAGAAUUCACACUGGAGAGAAGCCUUACACAUGUCCUCAGUGUGGAAAGAGUUUUACUCAACUUGGAAACUUUAGACUCCACAUGAGUGUUCACACCAGAAAGAAGCCUUACAAAUGCCAACACUGUGGAAGACGUUUCAGUCAGAAAAGAAACCUUAAUUACCACAUGACAAUUCACACUGAAGAGAGUCUUUUCACCUGCCAACAGUGUGGAACAACUUUCACUCACAAAGGAAGCUUUAACAGACACCUUAGUAUUCACAAUGUAGUGCAGCGUUACACCUGCCAACAGUGUGGAAAGAGUUUUGAUCAAGAUCAAAACCUUAAAGUCCAUAUGAAAUCUCAUAAAGAGAAAACCUACACAUGUUCUGAGUGUGGAAAGAGUCUCAGUCAAAAACGGACCUAUAUAGACCACAUGAGAAUUCACUCUGGAGAUCAACCCUACAGAUGCACUUCGUGUGGAAAGGGAUUCAAUUACAAACAUCACCUUGAAGAGCACAUAAGAAUUCACACUGGAGAGAAGCCUUUCACCUGCCAGCAGUGUGGAAGAAGUUUUACCCGAAAAGGAAACCUUAACAAGCACAUGAGAACUCAUACAGCAGAAAAGCCGUUUACAUGUGGUCACUGUGGACAGGGUUUCAAAAAUAAAGCAGCACUUAUGAACCACAUGAAUUCUCACAUAUGAAAGAACUGUAAUUUAUGUCAUCAAUGUGGAAAGGUUCACAGUCUGGAAACAUCUCAAGAAUCAUUGCAAAAACAAUGUUCAAAAUACCUGAUUGUUGGAUUUAGGCCUUGCUUAUUACCUACAAUCACCUAAAGGAUUAUUAGGAAUACCAUACUAAUACUGUGUUUGACCCCCUUUCUCCUUCAGAACUGCCUUAAUUCUACAUGGCAUUGAUUCAACAAGCUGCUGAAAGCAUUCUUUAGAAAUGUUGGCCCAUAUUGAUAGGAUCGCAUCUUGCAGUUGAUGGAGAUUUGUGGGAUGCACAUCCAGGGCAUGAAGCUCCUUUUCCACCACAUCCCAAAGAUGCUCUAUUGGGUUGAGAUCUGGUGACUGUGGGGGCCGUUUUAGUACAGUGAACUCAUUGUCAUGUUUAAGAAACCAAUCUGAAAUGAUCCGAGCUUUGUGACAUGGUGCAUUAUCCUGCUGGAAGUAGCCAUCAGAGGAUGGGUACAUGGUGGUCAUAAAGGGAUGGACGUGGUCAGAAACAAUGCUCAGGUAGGCCAUGGCAUUUAAACGAUGCCCAAUUGGCACUAAGGGGCCUAAAGUGUCCCAAGAAAACAUCCCCAACACCAUUACACCACCACCACCAGCCGGCACAGUGGUAACAAGGCAUGAUGGAUCCAUGUUCUCAUUCUGUUUACGCCAAUUUCUGACUCUACCAUCUGAAUAUCUCAACAGAAAUCGAGAGGCAACAUUUUUUCCAGUCUUCAACUGUCCAAAUUUGGGGAGCUUGUGCAAAUUGUAGCCUCUUUUUCCUAUUUGUAGUGGAGAUGAGUGGUACCCGGUGGGGUCUUCUGCUUUUGUAGCCCAUCCACCUCAAGGUUGUGCGUGUUGUGGCUUCACAAAUGCUUUGCUGCAUAGCUCUGUUUUAACGAGUGGUUAUUUCAGUCAAAGUUGCUCUUCUAUCAGCUUGAAUCAGUUGAUCCAUUCUCCUCUGACAUCUAGCAUCAACAAGGCAUUUUCGCCCACAGGACUGCCACAUACUGGAUGUUUUUCCCUUUUCACGCCAUUCUUUGUAAACUUUGUAAACCCUAGAAAUGGUUGUGCAUGAAAAUCCCAGUAACUGAGCAGAUUGUGAAAUACUGACAUAUAUUUUGAACGCUAUUGAUGUGUCGCACAGUUUAAUCAUUAACGAUUUUUUAUUAUUAUUGAUGUGAAAACCCUGUAUUUUUUAAUCUCUUGAAUUAUGUACAAAAUGUUUCAUGAUUAAACAUCUGUUCACACUAUUUCAAUUGGCAGUGGAUCGAGGGUACUAUAUCAACCAAGAUAGGCUUGUUGAAAACCUUAAAGGCCAUCUUUCAAUUCAACUUAAUUUAUACAGAAUAUUGCAUGAAAAUGUAAAUUUAAAAAGACAUACAUAAGAAUACAUAUGUUUUACAACACCCACGGGCAGAAAUUAAGAAAAAAAAGUGCCUAUUCUAAGCUACGCUCCAAAAACCCGCCUUUUCCCAGAGAACGCGUCAUAUGACGUAACGACAGGCAAACAUAGGCGCUGCAGCCCUGGUUCUCAGUGUGGGUUUACGUAGUCUGAGAGGUGGAAACAGAAAAUAGAGAUUGUCGUUCUCGUUAUUAUAGUUAUAGUAGGUUUGAGUUGUCACAAUGGUGAAUUCUUUUGUUUGUUUUGGAUGCAACAACUCCAACUUGUCUGGCCAUCGGGUCCACCGAUUUCCAAACAAGAAACACAAAGAUUUCCGUGCUUGGAUACGUUUCGUCCAGGCAAAGAGAAGCAAUUUCGCUGCCUCCUCGUUGACAAGACACACGGUGGUAUGUGAAAAACACUUCACACCGGACAGCUACAACCAAGGAGAUCUUAUGGAAUUUCGCAUGGGAUUUCGACGAAAAGAGUGGGUUAGGCUGGCAAAUGGAGCUGUGCCAUCGGUGCAUGCAGGUCCACCUGCAAAAUCUGGCGGGAGUGAAGAGUCUAACGUUAAUGUUAGCACUAGGAGAGAAUCUGCGCGUCGAAAAAGGGAGCUUUGCACAAUUUUGGGAGAGAGUGCUGCCAGCAAAGACGGGGGCGGUGCAACUGCCACUUCAGAUCCUGAAGAUGAUGGAGAUGGAGACAUCUCUACAAUGGACCCUGAGCCAGAAGUGGACCAUCGUGGAUCACAGUGCAACAUAAGAUGUUUACAUCGUUCAUUAGGUGUUCAGGAAAAGCCUCAGAUGGUGGAUGUGGGGACUCCACUGGCCAGUCCUGAACAAAGUGAUGAUGAAUGGUCAUUUUCUGAUAUCAUCAACCAUUCUGGUGAUAUGUCAUGGAGUCCAGGGGAGGAGAUGUUGAGCGAGUCCUCUGAGGAGGAACCAGAAGAGCUGGAAUCUCUCACUGACCCAAAUGCUGUUGACAAGUUCAUUGUUUGCCAGAGGCAGUUGCUGUCCUUGUUCACGGUUUGCUCUGCAUGCUGCGGGGAAACCCAGGGACACAUAAUGCACCCGGAAGGAACUUUCAUAAAAGUCAAGCAGGCCUGCGGAACUUGUGGUUAUGAGCGUUACUGGCAAAACCAAGAGAAGGUGCAUCGAAACAUGCCUGCCUGCAACCUUUUACUCAGCGGUGCCAUCCACUUCUCAGGUUGCAUGGCUUCUCAGACAAUCAGGAUGCUGAAGCUGUUUGGACUGCAGUGCAUAAGUCCUGGCACUUUUUUCUGCCAUCAGCGCUAUUACUCUAUCCCUACCAUCAUGCAGGCCUGGAGGAAUGAGUUAUCACUUAAAAGUAUCGAUACUAAUAAAAUUAGUUUUUUUUUCUUUUUUUCUCAAUUUCAGGAAAUGAUGACAGAAUGAAUAUGGCUAAAAACUAAUGCAGUCUUGUAUAGCAGACCAAAAUGUUAUAGAUUGAUAACAGCAUUACAUAUUGUUUGCAAAAAAAUAAUUGCAAAGAUAAGUCAUUGUCUUAGACCCAUUUGAACUGAAAACAUUAAUGUCAUAUAUUUAUGUUGCAUUUCACUGCAUUGGGUUAGCUUUGGAGACCUAAUGUUCUAACUACUUAUCUCGUACAGACUUCUCUUGGCAGCCCUACAUUUCAAUAGUAAUGGCAACAGAGAUGUAGCGCGAACUAGUGAGGGUGAGGGACGCUACGCUGUUCGCUACCCACGGUUUCGGAAAGGUGGCUGGGUAGUCCACCCCAUCAAGGAGAAACCAUCUUACGUAUACGCAACAAAUCUUAUGGUCUCUCUGGUAGAGGAAUACUGCAAGACACCGCAGGCCCUCUGCUUCACCGCCCCCCUCACCUCUUCCGUCCAGAAGGUUGCCAAGGAUGAGGCAGUCAGCCUCCAUCUCGCA